UCGAUAAGAGCAGCUAGGGUUAGAGAAUAGUCUCUGAGUAAUCUUUCUUCGACGGCGUUUCUCCCCUCGUAUCUCUCGUAUUGUAUCUUCUCCUCUAUCCACCUCCCUUGAUUCGCCGAUGUCUAUUAAGAGGACUAGUCGCCAGGACGGUCGAUUCAUCAGGGCAAAAACAAUAGCCUUCUGGGACAUCAAUGCUUGCCAGAAACCUGAUGGCCUCGGUGCAGGAGUUAUAAGUGAGAGCGUUAACCAGACCCUUAUGAACAUGAAUUACUAUGGUGAAUUGUGUUUGAGGCUAUAUGGCGACACUGAUAUGGACAAACUCGUUCCUACUAAUCAUACAUUUGACUUCUGUGGCCUGCCUCACACGACAAUAUUGGAGCAGAUAUUAGUGGACUUAUACGGUGACACUCUGUUUAAUCGUGGUACACCAAUUAAUAUGUUGCUAAUUGUUGGAGAUUUAUCAAAAGACAAAGCCAUCAUCGACGCUUUCAGUCUUUUGUAUGUCAGCCAUCAGCUGUUGAGGCAGCAGUAUUCUCCUCUGAAGUUCAGCUUCCACCUUGGGAAAAAAUUGUUGACAGUGCUUUUGCGAUUUGUGAAAAGAAGGAGAAAGAGAGAGUAGAUUACAGAAAAGAGAUCAUAAGAAAUACCAGCCAAAGUUAGCCUGUGUCUUUGGUGAAUUCUUAAGACAAAAUCAAACAAGCUUUCUCUCACUAUAUUGCUUCGUUUAUCUCUAAACUCUUGCAUCUUUCCUUUGAUUUUCUGUUGCUAAAACCUUGGAUUUUAACUUAAAAGCAAUAAAAAACAAAAACUAUGGAUUUGGUUA